CACAAGAUACGCUAUAAGGCAAAAGCUUUGAGCAUGGCUGUGGAACCUAAUGGCAGCUCUAGUGAUAUUAUGUCAACUUCGGAUUACGAGUCAGACGACUCGGUAACAGUCCAAUUCUCUUUUUACUUUUUCAUUGUGAAAUGCGCUGCGUGGUGGGGCCUCUGGCUACUCGCAUGCGUCUAUGCGAUGCUACGUCGCAAAGUUGUCAGUCGAGCAUGGUUUAUUUUCACCGCUCUUCUUUUCAUCAUCUGUUGCAACGGGAUUCAAUGCAGCGGUUACGUUGCCUACGCCAGCCACGUCUUAAAGGGUCAUGGUCAGAAUGGUGGUCCAGCCGGUUUGCUUGGGUAUCUGGUGUACCUCCUUUUUUUUAACAUAUCUCGCAGUAUGUUCCUGGCUGUGCUGUUGGUUAUCGCCAGUGGCUAUUGCAUCACGCGGAGUGAACUGGGUCCGCACAAGCAGCACGUGGUAUUCGUUCCAACAGCUGUACUUGUUACCGGCCUGAUCACGGACUACUCCUUCCUGGCGCUGGCUCAGUCGCGUUCCUCCAACACGUCCGACAUGUCAGACCUAGGCCAAAUGGAUACCCUGAUGGCCAGUAUGUGGUUUGUCUGCGCGGUGCUGAACCUGGCAGCCCUCAUCCUGGCGUGGCUUUACCUUUUCGAGGCAUUGAGUAAGGAGAUAGCUGGACUGGAGGCAGAUUACAAGCGGCGCACUGGCCAGUUGAGCGAGGAAGCAGGAGCAGCAAAUCCUUUUACGGACGCCUACACCGCUUUAGGCAAUGGACCCGGGAAGACGCUGUCCGCCAAGCCGGCCCCCUCUUCAGCCCAGGACCCGGAGUCAGGCGAGGGGGACAACCAGACGGUGGCAGACCAUCUGGCAUACACGGCCAAGAAGAAGCUGCUGUCACGCUUCUCGCUUGGUGUCUCGUCGUAUCUGGUUGCAGAGAUUUGCGUCAUCCUGCUGCCGCUCUUCAUCAACAGCAUUGUACAGAGCACGCUGCAGGUACUGCAAUUCGCGCUCUACAUAUUCUUCAUGAUUGUGCUGCUCGUAAUAUUCAGGCCUCAGGAGCAGAGCAGCUACCUCAUGAUUGGCUUCAGCGAAGAGGACGCCGAGGAGCGGGGAGUCAGUCACCUGCUCACAGCCAUCACCAUGGAGUCUAUGGGCUCGACUGCACGCGAUGGCGACAGCGCUGCCCCGGCGCCUUCUACAACCGUUACUGUGGGCGCCGGCCCGUCCACGUCUGCACCUCGCCGCGCAAGCCACAAGGCAGAGAUGGACGCAGAGCGCUACCGCCAGAUACCUUCAGCGCCGACUUCAUCGACGGUAGCGGCUGGCGGCAACCAGCUUGCGCCGCUGCCGACCAGCACCCAGGGAUUGGGGUCUGGAUCGGGGGCACCAGGCGUGGCGCCGUCGGCUGUGCGGGGAGCCAAGCGUGGGCCGCAGCCGCGGUCUCGGCCUCUGAUGACGGAGACAGCAGCCGACUCUGGGCAGUUUACGUUGUGCAGCGAUGACGAAGAGGGGGAUGAGGAUGCCUCGCACCCACUAACCCGGGGGAGGGCAAAGGGUUUUUAA